AUGCGCUGGUCGCUCAUCCUAUCCACCUUCAUAGCUGCUCAGUUUGCGCUUUCUUUCGCCGCUGUCAUACCUUCAUCAGACCAAUUGCAAAGACGGGCCCGGCUCAGUUCAGCUAGAGUGUCCAGCAAGGCCUAUCGCAAGAAUUCUGAAAAUGCUCAUUAUGCGUACAAGUUCGAUUUGGCAGGCAGUGUUACUCGCGAAAAACUAAAGCCAUCAGAGCGACACCCCCAUAAUCAGGAAAUGCUCAUGAUCCCGAAAACGGAUGCCGAUCACAUCUUUGAACAUCAGAUUCUCGAUGGCUACCUCGAUGACCAUGGCCUUGCAUUCGAGUACGUAUCCAUGUUCAUCAUGAUUAAACUGGACGCUGAUCUCCAGGAGAAUCUCAAACGCAUUAUCAAUGGUCCAGGGAACAUGGCGCCAGUGCCCGCUGGCGUCAAUCGAGGAGUAAGGCUCUUAUCCUCUGGAAAAGGCCAAUUGGUCAAGCAUGGGAUGAAAGGCAAGGCCAUCGCCCCUAAGAAAGUCCGCGAUGAAUACACAAAAGUCAGCUACAGAACUGCCAGGAAAACAGCUCAACAGCUCGACCAGGCAUUCAAAGACUCCGGCAUCCUCAAGGCCAUCGUCACCUGGUUCCAAUGCUGGUUCGACCAAGGGGACUCCGAAGCGUCCAGCUCGUCCCUUCCCAGCGGGCAAACCGUCGCCGGCGAAGGUGCCAGCCAGGAAAUCCGGUCGCGUUGCAGCAAAGCUGGCACUGGAUUCGACCAAGGGGACUCCGAAGCGUCCAGCUCGUGCAGUGGGGAAACCGUCACCGGCGAAGGUGCCAGCCAGGAAAUCCAGUCGCGUUGCAGCGAAGCUGGCACUGGGUUCGACCAAGGAGACUCCGAAGCGUCCAGCUCGUGCAGUGGGGAAACUGUCGCCGGCGAAGGCGCCAGCCAAAAAAACCGGUCGCAUUGCAGCGAAGCCACUGGGUUCAACCAAGGGGACUCCGAAGCGUCCAGCUCGUGCAGUGGGGAAACCAUCGCCGGCAAAGGCGCCAGCCAAAAAAUCAGGUCGCAUUGCAAUGAACCCGUGACUGCCAGUGGUGGACUAUACAGGGAUGUAAUGGGCGAGCUUUCUAGGUUGUAG